GACCCUCCGUCCUACGACGCCGCAACAGGCGAAAAGGGCCAACACUCGGCGUCGCCCUAUCCUCCGGCAACCGCGGGGAUGUACCCUCCCACCGGCGAAUUCGGUGCUGGACCGCCUUCGCAGCCUCCGCCGCCCAUCGGCUUUCAGUAUCCGCCAAACUACCAGGCCCCGAUUAUACCUCAGCCCGACUAUCCUCCACCUCAGCCCCCAGCACAAGGAGUGGUUAUUACGCAGCAGCCAAGCGGGACAACUACGGUCAUCCAUGUUACCAGAGGUCCCCAUAACGCACUGCCACCUGCUUCAUCCCGCUACGAGUGUCCUUCGUGCAGAGAGGACAUCCGCACCAGGGUUGAGUACGUGAUAGGAACCAAAACGCACUUAAUAGCCGCUCUUUUGUGCCUUUUCGGCUGCUGGUGCUGUGUACCCAUACCUUAUUUAUGCUCCAACGACUGCAAAGACGCACACCACUACUGCCCACACUGUGGCGCGUACAUCGGCACCUCGGCUAAAGGAUAAUCGUUGUUACGCUGAAAAUUAAUGACUCUGUGGGUCCACUGAUUAUCAUAUCGCUUAAGAUAUAGCAAUUUAAUUAUAAAUUUGUAUCGAUAAGGUUGGCUGAGCAUAAACAAAAUACAACACAAAUAUUUUCCUCGUUUCUACAUUUAUUUAUUUUCUGAAAAAUCGAAACCAGCCAAUUAAAACUUAUUUUUAAUGCAUCAUAAAAGUGACACUAAAAAAUCUUGCUUUCUCAUGUACGCCUUGCAUAAGGAGGAAAACUGUACCGCCGAACAGUCUUCCACUACGGGUUACAUAUCAUUAUAUUAUUUAAUCAAAUUUUCUGUAAACAAGACUGUAUUUAAAUAAUUAAUUAAUAAAUUAAUCACUCACCAUUGUGUUCCAAAUUAUAUUUUUGUAUUUUUCAAAUUUUUUACAUGAAAUGCAAUUGAAAUAUUAAACAAAUGCAGGUUCUUCUGCGCUUACAAAAUCAAACCACUGUUAUUACUGCAAAACCUAC